AUGAGCAAGUUCCUCUUAAUUUCUGCCAUACUGGCAGUGGCGGCGGUGCACAGUACACUGGCAGGACACGCUCACAGUUUCGCACACUUCCACGGCCCCGUGGAGGGCCACGCAGAGGAAAUCUCCUACCACGGAAAACACGGACAUCACCACGAUUACGUAGCUCAUCCAAAGUACGACUUCUCCUACGGCGUCGAUGAUCACCACACUGGCGACCAUCAUGGACAGAAGGAACACAGAGACGGUAAACACGUAUCUGGAGAGUAUACGCUGAAGGAGCCGGGCGGUAACGUGAGAACCGUGAAGUAUCACGCUGAUCCUCACGGAGGAUUCUUCGCCUACGUGCAUAACUCCAACGGCAUUGAUCACUAUGGUGGACACGGACACGACGGGGGACGACACUACUGA